UAGUGAAGAUAAAAUAACAAGUUAUUUAAAUGUUCAAUGAUUCAUUCAAUGAUACACUAUUUAUAUUGUUUAUAUUAUUUACAAAGCUUGUGAUAACUUGUGAAAGAUUAAAAAAAGAAAAAGACAGUUAGUUAGUCUAUAUAUAAUGUUCACUAAUGUAGUGUACUAUCUAUUGCCUAUAUAGCGCGGCUUAAUACUUAGCAAUUCUUUAAAAAUUUCUAAUGUUACGUACAAUUUAACAAUUUAUUUCUUUUCAAUGUUUGAGUGACAGCAAACAAUGUUGCACGUCGACUACUAUGAAGAUCAUUUACAAUUUGCACAAUUAUGUACAUUCACAUGAACUCGUAACAAUUAAGCUGAACCGAGUCAAGUGAUGACGAGUCAAGUCAUUUAAAUGUGACAAAAAUUGAAGAAUGGAUGUUACAGAUAACGUUGAUGAAGCUUUAGAUCCCCGUAUACAGGAAGCUCACACUGCUUUUAGGCAAUUAUUAUCAGAAACUACCAAAAGAUUAAAGGAAAUAUUAAAUAAAGUAGGAAAUAGUUCUGUUGAGAAAGCAAGAUGUUAUUAUGAAGCAUUUGAAGUAGCGCGCCAAGCUCAGAUAAAAUGUCAACAACAAGCUCAAUUAUUCCAAAGAGCAAACGAAAUCCAUGCCGCAGCAAAAGAAACGGUGGCAUUGGCUGAAAGUAGAUUUAUGUCGCAUCAACAUGAAUGGAAUUUUGAUCAAGCUUGGCAAGAUAUGUUAAAUCAUGCAACACUUAAAGUCAUGGAUGCUGAAAAUCAAAAAGCAGAGUGUGGCAGAGAACAUUACAGAAGAGCAGUAUUGUUUCAUAACGCUGAAAAAAGACUGUUGCAACUGGAGGAAAAACAUCGCCGUUCCAUAAUAAAAGCACGAUCAUAUUUCGAACUUAAAGCACACUGUGACCAAAUGUUGGCAACUCAAAAAGAACGAGUCGAAUGUUUACAGAAAGCAAUACAAGAUGCAAAGACUAAUUAUGCUACAAGUCUUCGUAGACUAGAAGAAAUUAGUAAUCAAAUACAUCAACAGCGUCGAGAUUAUGAUUUUGUAGCUAAUGGACCCCGAGAACCAGGUGUUGGUGCAGAAUUAGUUAGUCCACAAAAGACUUCAAAUUAUGAUGUAGAAUUUAACCAAUUAAAUGGCAAUAAAAUAAAGGAUUUCACGAAUAAUCAACUGAAGAAGUAUAGUAGAAUACAAGAUUAUAAUAAUACUUGUCAAUUACAAGAAGAUACUGAAAAUCUUGGAAAAAGAUCAGUUGACGGAAGCGAAGCAAUAUCGUCGCAAUGGGAAUUCGAAUUAGAAGCUAACAUAGAAAAUUUGGUGCUUGAUGGUGAUAAAAAUAAAAGUAUGUCCGAUUUACAAUUCUACAGUGACGAAAGUGCAAAAUCAAAUAAUUUCGUACAAGACUUAAAUUAUAAAUUUUUGCAAGAUAAAGAUCACUUUAUGCAAAAUUUAAAUCAAUCGAAAAAAUUAUUAAAAGAUCUUCAAAUGUUGAAAAGUUCAUUUGUAAAUACGCCUUUGACGACAUAUUUUGAAGAGUCAAAUUCAGUAAAAAGUGAAAUUAUUGAUUCAGUAAUGUUAAACAAACAUAAAAGUAAUUUAAAAAAUAAUGUAUCGAAGUCUUUAAAUAAUACUCCUACAAAAACAAAUAUACUUACUUUAGGCCCGAAAGUUACAGAAAAGGGUAUACGUCAAAGUAUAGCAAAAUAUGUGCCAAAUAACAUUUUCAAUUUUGGUUUUAGUAAUAACAAAUCUCAAAAUAGCAAUGUUAAUUUAUCUUUAAAUCUUGAUACUAAUUCCAUAGAAAAGCAUCAAAGUUUAUGUAAUAUUGUAGAUCAUAAGACUGAGAAUUUCAAAUUUGAUAUUACAGAUUUAAAGUAUAAUACGUUUAAGAUGAAAGAAACUAAUGAUAAUGGCCUAAACGUUACAAAACAAAUUCAUGAUGCACAAUUAAAUAGCUUAAGCAAAAUAAAUUUACAAUCGAUGUCUAAUUCUACACAAUUUUUAUCUCCUAAUACCAGUUCUCUAAUAAAAGUAAAAUCAAUUGUAAAUUUAUCGAGUGGAAAUUGUUUGAAUAGAAAUUUAACUGGUCGUAGUGAAUCUCCUGUUUUAAAAUCGAAAAAAAAGCAAUUAAGUGUUAACGAAUUACCAUUGUUAUCACUAUUUGAGAAAGAUAAUUCCUUUGUUAACGGUAAAAAUAAAAGUUUGAGCAUGAUUAAUUUAGAUGAAAAACAGAAUUUUAUAUGGUCAGACGACUUACGUUUAAAUCACAAAAAAACCUCAAGCGUAAGAAAAUUAGCAAAUUUGAAAGAUGAUUCGUUUUUCAAGUCUACAAAUAAAGAAUAAAAGUUACAAUCGAAUUAAACAAAUGUGAUAUAUUGUAAAUCUCAUAAUUUUCUUUAUAUGUUUAAGUAAUUUUAUAAAUGAAAAAUGUGCUAUUUUUUGUUUUAAGUUAUAUACAAGUUCAAUAAUAUUCAUUGUAUAAAUUUUGUUUGAUAUAUAGCUAUGAAAUAGAAUACAUAAAUAUGAAUUGUAAGUAUGAAUGUGAAUAUGGAAAAAAAUUGUUUAAAAAUUUAGUAGUGCAGAAUGUAUGCAAAUCUUGCGCAUAUCAAAUAUACAAACUGAGUUUGAAAUUUUAUAACGUAUAAAAAAGGACAUUAUGUCAAAAAGUUUGUAUAUUUAUGAUAAUAUUUUGUAACAGGUACAUAGUUUGUCCUUGUAUUUAGUUGUGUAUUAAAUUAUUUUUCAUUCUGGUUUAUACCUAGCAUGUUUUAUUAAUUACAUAUAUGUAAUGCUUUUAUCAAUUCUGUAUGUUUGUUACAAACUUUGUUCAUGUUAUGGAAAUUUUAUAUUUAUAAAUUGUAAUAAAAUUUUUUUUCAAUACUUAAUAUAUUUUAGGAACUUCUCUCUGAAGUACUAUUAUAUUAUCAAAAUAUUGCAUCAAGGAAUUUACCUAAUUUGAAUGAUGCCAAUGAAGUCUAUUAAAAUAUUUUAUAAAAUUUUGAAAUAUUCCCGUUUUACAGAUCAUUUUGCCAAUAUAAUAUUUGAGUUAAAAAAAUUUUGUAUAUUUCAUAAUAUUUUAAUUUAUGUUAAAAAUUUUUUUAAUCAUACUAAAUACAAUGAUUUGUACUAUAUUAUGUGAACUAAAUAUUUAGUAAGUAGUGACUACUUUGAUAACAGUGAUUUUCUAUACAACAUUAAUG